CUGGGACCAGGGCGUCUGGAGGACACCAUGACCGGGAGGCUGUGGUGCAAGGCCAUUUUUGCUGGCUACAAACGUGGCCUCCGAAACCAGCGGGAGCACACUGCCCUUCUGAAAAUUGAAGGUGUUUAUGCCCGUCAGGAGACAGACUUCUACUUGGGCAAGAGAUGUGCCUAUGUAUACAAAGCUAAAAACAACACUGUAACCCCCGGUGGCAAGCCCAACAGGACACGAGUGAUCUGGGGGAAGGUGACCCGCGCCCACGGGAACAGCGGCAUGGUUCGUGCCAAGUUCCGCUCCAACCUUCCUGCCAAGGCCAUUGGACACAGAAUCCGGGUGAUGCUGUAUCCAUCUAGGAUCUAAAUUUUUAUUGGAAAUAAAAUGGAUAUUCC